CUACGGCCGGCAUGGCAUGGCACCGCACCGCACCAUUGUUCUCCAAUUUGAUUGAAAUCAAUAGAGUCGUCGUCGAACAGCGCAGCGGAGAAGAGCAGAAAUGGCUUCCGCAUCCAUUUCUCUCUCCUCCAUUCUCAACCCUAACCCUCGCUAUUCACUGUUUUCCCACACUUCCUCUCUCUCAAUUUUCUCUCCCCUCGCCGCCCCACCCUGUCAUACUCUGAUGAGAGCCAUCCAUUCUCGUGAAACUCCUCCCAAAACCGCCCGGAGAUGGAAAAUCCACGCUGUUUCCGAGGAAGCCUUACCCUUACCUCCAGAAGCAAACCCAAUCGACAGCUCCCAGCAGAUAGUCUCAGGCGGCGAUGAUGGCGUCUCCAACAUCAUCUCCGUUCUUCUGUUCAUCGCCUUUCUCGGCCUGUCCAUUCUCACCAUUGGGGUUAUCUACAUAGCGGUGACAGAUUUCUUGCGGAAGAGGGAGAGGGAUAAGUUUGAGAAAGAGGAGGCGGCCAAGAAGAAUAAGAGCGGUAAAAAGAGGCCGGCCAGACCCAGAGCCAGAGCUGGACCCAGAGGCUUUGGGCAAAAAAUCGAGGACGAUGAUGACGGCUUGUAAAAUGCACAGAGAUUGUGUAGAGCUGCAGCGCUAAAAACGGGGAAUGAAAAACGAGAGCAAAGGGAAGCUCAAACUAGCCUCAGUUAGCUGUACAACAACUUCCUGUUUCACAAUGGAAGCUAAGCAGGUUGCAGAGACUGAGCAGCAGCUCUCCUUUCUGCAAAUAAUUGAAAGAUGGUAGUUAGAAAAGCUAGCCGUCAAAUGUCUCCAUAGAAGCAGCAACUAGUAGUAUAGAAGUCUAUUGAAGAAUAUCUAGAUGACAAUUUACAGAAGAAAACAAUCUUCCACAUAUUUCACCAUGGUAAUUCACUGGAUCUCAACCUGUGUUACUUGAA